AUGAAUUCCGAUACCAUCGACCUCUCUUCCGACUCGGAAGAGCCCUCUGAUCGUCCCGAUCAAACUCCGAGAUCACUUUCCUCACCUUUUACCCGUAUACCACUCACUCCAAGUUCAACCGAUAUAGAUGACUGGCCCAAGGAUGAGUCCCAGAUGACUGUUCGAGGCUCAGUCGCCGACUUCACUUGGCCCUGUCUAUCUGCAAUCGUUAUACCGGAUGAUUCCACUUCGAUACCCGACUCUUCCAGCGAGCCGCCUUCCCCAACCACGAGCGAAUGGGGCUUGAUGGACAAUGCUCUGCGCGAAAGCGAGGAAGGGCAAUCGGCUGAGACAAAGCCAUCGCUCGAGUCUCUGCGCCGCCUGCUUCAUGUUUUCAACCCCACUCCGGACGAUUCGAGUGAUUCCCCAUCAUCUGUGACCCUCGAGAAUUCGCCUUCCCAGUCUGAGAAUAGCGAGAUCACAGUGCCUGGAAGCUCGCCCGAGAAGCCAAUCGACCUUUCCGACACUGAGGAUUGCGUUCUUCAUGCUCAAAUCGAACGUCGGGUCUCAACUGUGCGAGAUCCACGAAGACGGCUUGUCCCGCGGUCGACGCUGGUUGGCGAGAUUGAGGAAGCUGUGUUGCAUACUGGCGAGACCAUCCGCCCCUUGUCAACGGUAAAACUCGCUAGUGGCAUGUUCCUUCGGAUUGAGUGGAUCACUCUGCGCGAGGGGGAGAUAUAUCUGUGGGGUCGACACUUGAUGGGCCACCAUAACCCUCACUGGCCGCGGUACAUCCCCAAAAACGAGCACGAGCUCAUCUGGCGACCAUGGAUGGACCAUGAAAACAGUUUCACAAGCAGUGAGAGACAUGUGCCGGUCUCUCUCAUGGAAGUGACUGGUCUCUCCGAGGUGAUUUUCACUAAUGUGCGCCCUGGAAAGAAUUGGAAAAAUCGACCUGACUCCGGCCUACCCGAUUCUGGGUUGUUCUGUCGGUUGAAGGUCACCAAGAGGAAGCGUCCCAAAAUUUCCAUGGGGCGUUCUCGCGGUUUGCAGCCGUCCAGCACACAUGAAUGGGACCGGAGCGUUGAAUAUCUCACACUCGAGGAGUGUGACGAGGGAUAUGGCUUUGUGUCGUAUGAUCUGCGCGACCGAUACCGUGGGUGUCGCACUGUUCCAUUUGGAGAAGGCCAGAUCCGUUCUUCUAGCUAUCCCACAAUCACCACUGACGAGAACGAGGAUGAGGAUGAUUCCCAUUUCCACCAGGACAGCUCUCGGCCCUUGGUUGAUCUCACAGUCGAUCCCACCGCAUACACAUUCGGUGAUGCGUACUGUGGCGCCGGCGGAACAUCCUGCGGCGCAAAGCAGGCUGGAUUGGAAAUCAAGUGGGCAUGUGACAUGGAUCGCUUCGCAGUUGAGACUUAUGGGUUGAAUUUCCCAUCUGCCUGGAUCGAAUUCUGCUCCUUUAGCGAUCUUUUGACCCAUCCGAAGGGAAACCUCCAGGUUGAUAUCGCGCACUGCUCGCCGCCCUGCCAGACCUUUUCCCCGGCGCAUACCAUCAAUUGCGAUCGCGACGAUAGCAAUUCGGCGUGCAUUUUCAGCGCGGGAAACUUGGUUGAGCAUGCGACUCCGCGUAUCCUCACCAUGGAAGAAACGUCGGGUCUCAAGGAGCGGUACAAAGAAUUCCUCUAUCGGGUGAUCAUGGACCUGAUUGAAGCUGGGUAUUCGGUUCGAUGGACCGUGAUCGAUGUCCUUCACUAUGGUGUGCCCCAGACUCGGAAGAGAUUGAUCAUCAUUGCCGCCGGUCCUGGCGAGACUCUCCCUCCGUUCCCUGAGAUUACCCAUGAUCUCCCGGGAAGUGGCUGCAAGCCAAUAGUGACCAUCAACGAUGCCAUCAACCCUAUCCCCGAUAACGCACCUAACCAUGAUGUCCACCUUUUGCUUCACAGGUGGAGGCGCGACUGGCGACUGCCAUAUGAUGGUCGCCAGCUUGCUAAAACCCUGACCUGCAGUGGGGGUGAGGGCAAUUACCACCCCUCCGGCUGGCGCUCCUUUACCGGCCGCGAAGUUGCAUGCCUGCAGACCUUCCCGAUGGAUUUUCAGUUCGCAGAUAAGAAUAUUCGCAAGCAGAUUGGCAAUGCGGUGCCGCCGGCCCUGGCGAAGGCGAUGUAUCAACAGAUCAUCGUAUCGUUGCGAGAGACCGAUGCACGUGAGCUGGAGCUCAAGAAGGAGCGGGUCCGGGAACGUGUUGGGGGACUGCUUGAGUGA